AUGUCUCAUCGCAAGUGCGGAAACCCCGUUGUCCUCGUCUCCUUCUCUAACCGCCCUAUCAUGUCGAAAAGGCAAGCAGAGCUCCCCUUGGAGGACAAUUUCCCUGGAUCACCAGCCUCCAAAAAAGUGCGCGUGGAGGAAGACCCCGAAAGCGACCCCCGCAAUGGCGCAGUACCCGCGCAACGAGCCAGCAGCCAGGAAUUAGAGCAGGAUGACCGCAACGGCUCGAACAUUCUGGCCGCUGCCGACAUAGAGGGGGAGGGAUUGCGGGAAGGCGAGGAAGACAAUGCCGGGUCUUCGGACAUCGAUGAAGACGCACCCGCCAUCAGCGCGCCGAAGCGGCAGAGCGCGCCCAUGGAAGGCUACGGCGAUCUCUACCUGGACACAAUCAACCGAGGAGUGCUGGAUUUCGAUUUCGAGAAGCUAUGCUCGGUCAGCUUAUCAAACAUCAACGUUUAUGCGUGUCUCGUCUGCGGCAAAUAUUUCCAAGGGCGCGGUCCCAAGUCGCAUGCUUAUUUUCACGCUCUCGAGGUCGGACACCAUGUCUUCAUCAAUAUGGGAAUAAAGAAGGUUUUCGUCUUACCGGAAGGAUACGAAGCCAAGAACCAGAGCUUGGACGACAUCAAGUAUGUGGUAGAUCCACACUAUACCAAGGACCAGGUGGUGAAACUCGAUAAAGAGGUCCAUGACGCCUGGGAUCUCUCUGGGUCCCGGUACAGACCAGGGUUUGUUGGUAUGAACAACAUCAAGGCCAAUGACUAUCUCAACGUUGUCGUUCAGCUUUUGGCGCAUGUCCACCCCAUCCGGAACUUUUUCCUCUUGCACGAAUUCCCAACACCCGGCACGCCACAGCUGGCUCUUCGGUUCAGCACCCUCGUGCGCAAGCUCUGGAACCCUAAGGCAUUCCGGUCCCAUGUAUCUCCCCAUGAGUUGCUACAGGAGAUUGCUCUACGGUCCUCAAAGCGAUUUACGCUUACGCAGCAAUCGGACCCGGUAGACUUCAUGUCGUGGUUCCUGAACAACCUGCAUCUCUCGCUUGGUGGCUCCAAGAAGCCGUCAUCGACACCCACCAGCAUCGUCCAAGCCGCUUUCCAGGGUCAGCUCCGAAUCGAAAGCCAGGCCAUUACUGCGCAUUCGGACACCCAGAACGCCCGUUUGGUAUUCACGGAGUCUGGCACGAUCAAUAGUCAAGUCACACCAUUCCUCAUCCUCACCUUGGAUCUGCCCCCAACACCGCUUUUCCAAUCCACAAACCGGGAAUCUAUCAUCCCGCAGAUCCCUCUCACCACCCUCCUCAACAAAUACAACGGCAUCACGGCCUCCGAAAAACUAGCUCAUCGUGUCCGGCAUCGCCUCCUCCACCCUCUUCCUCCCUACCUCCUCUUCCACAUCAAACGCUUCAGUAAGAACCGCUUCGUCUCCGAGCGGAAUCCUACCAUCGUCACUUUCCCCUCGCCCCGCUCCCUCGACAUGUCUCCCUACGUCGAACCCAACCCACAGAUAUGGCCUCCGGGCGAGCCCAUCAUGUAUGACCUCGUUGCAAACAUCAUCCUUGAUCCUACCGUCGCCGCGCCCGGUGCCACCGAAGACGCCGCCGAUAAGGGUGUCAGCGCGGCAUCGGGGGCAGGCGGUGCGCCUUCCACCAGUGCCGGUGCCGGUGCCGGAAGCGAGAAAGUGUCUUGGCUGGUCCAGCUGCAUGACAAGGCUAUGUCCGCUGAGAAUACCCGCCACCAACCAAGCGAGGCUACAGAGCCGCAACAGCGCGGUCCUGAGUGGCUCGAGGUUCAGGAUUUGUUUGUCAAGCGUGCCGAGAGUGAAACCCUGUUCACACGCGAGGGCUACCUGAUGGUUUGGGAGCGCCGCAAGACUCCGGGAAAGAAGGGGAAGGGCCGGGCGUAG